GCGAGCUCAGGAGGGGAAAUAGAGGACGUGCGGGAGGAGAGAGCGCAGGAGAGAAGAGGAUAGGGGCUGAUAGCGUCCCCCAACCGGCACAAUUUUAUAUAUUAUUUAAUUUAUUCAUUAUUAUAUUGUAAGAUUUUUAUCAAAAAGGAAAAGAUGCCAGACAAUAAGAAAUUCUUCGAGAACCUGUCAGGCGCUGGGAAAGCCAUAGCAGUGCUCACGAGCGGAGGAGAUGCGCAAGGUAUGAAUGCUGCUGUUCGGGCUGUUGUCCGUAUGGGAAUCUAUGUUGGAGCCAAAGUUUAUUUCAUUCAUGAGGGAUAUCAGGGUAUGGUGGAUGGCGGCGACAACAUCAAGGAGGCAAACUGGGAAAGUGUGUCCAGCAUGCUGCAAGUGGGCGGUACGGUUAUUGGAAGCGCACGGUGCAAAGAUUUUCGUACACGCGAGGGACGUCUGAAGGCGGCUCAUAACCUGGUGCAGAAGGGCAUCACUAACCUGUGUGUGAUUGGUGGAGAUGGUAGCUUAACCGGGGCCAAUCUCUUUAGAGAGGAGUGGAGCGGCCUGCUGGCAGAGCUGCUUCAGCAGGGUCUAAUUGAUGAAGAGGCAACUCAGAAAUACUCCGCACUUCACAUCGUUGGGAUGGUGGGCUCCAUCGAUAAUGACUUCUGUGGCACAGACAUGACCAUAGGAACAGACUCAGCCCUGCACAGAAUCAUUGAGGUUGUGGAUGCCAUCAUGACCACAGCUCAGAGUCACCAGAGGACAUUUGUUCUUGAAGUGAUGGGCAGACAUUGUGGCUAUCUGGCUUUAGUGAGUGCGCUGGCAUGCGGAGCUGACUGGGUGUUGAUUCCUGAAAUGCCCCCUGAGGACGGAUGGGAAGAGAAAAUGUGUCAGAAACUCUCGGCGAAACGGGCAGGGAUGAAAAGGCUGAAUAUCAUAAUAGUAGCUGAAGGUGCGAUUGAUCGUAAGAACAAGCCCAUUACCUCUGAACAUGUAAAGGAUCUCGUGGUUCGCUGCCUGGGCUUUGAUACGCGCGUGACCAUCUUGGGCCACGUCCAGAGAGGCGGGACACCUUCAGCAUUUGACAGGAUUUUGGCCAGUCGUAUGGGUGUAGAGGCUGUUCUGGCGCUGCUCGAGACCACCGCGAACACACCGGCUUGUGUAGUGUCUCUGUGUGGAAACCAGUCUGUGAGGCUGCCUCUCAUGGAGUGUGUGCAGAUGACUCAGGAGGUGCAGAAGGCCAUGGAUGAAAAGAGAUUUGAGGAUGCUGUGCAGCUACGUGGCAGGAGUUUUCAAAACAACUUGAAGACUUAUAAACUUUUGGCUCACCGCAAACCAGCGUCCGAGCUUCCAGUGAGCAAUUUUAAUGUGGCUGUAUUGAACGUUGGAGCUCCCGCUGCUGGCAUGAAUGCCGCAGUACGGUCUGCUGUCAGGGUGGGCAUCUCUGAAGGACACAAAAUGUUCGCCGUCAACGAUGGCUUUGAAGGAUUCUCUAAGGGACAGAUAAAAGAGGUCAAUUGGGCAGAUGUUGGGGGCUGGACUGGCCAAGGUGGAUCUCUUCUGGGAACUAAACGUACCCUCCCUGCAAAACACCUUGACAAAAUUGCAGAACAGAUGCGGAAAUAUAACAUUAAUGCACUUUUAGUCAUUGGAGGAUUUGAGGCCUACCUGGCGAUCAUGGACUUGUUAGCGGCCCGUGGGACUUACGAAGAGCUGUGUGUGCCAAUGGUCAUGGUUCCGGCCACUGUCUCCAACAAUGUGCCCGGCUCAGACCUCAGCAUUGGUGCAGACACGGCUCUGAACGCCAUCACUGAUGCGUUAGAGUGUCUGAUGCAGCUGUAUGAGGCUCGCGCCAGCUAUGAGGAGUUUUGCAUCCCGCUCUGUAUGCUGCCUGCCACCAUUAGUAACAAUGUGCCCGGCACUGAUCUCAGUAUCGGGGCAGAUACGGCUCUCAAUGCCAUUGUGGAGACAUGUGAUCGCAUCAAGCAGUCAGCCAGCGGCACGAAGCGCCGUGUGUUCAUCAUUGAGACGAUGGGAGGAUACUGUGGUUAUCUGGCCAGUGUCGGUGGUCUGGCAGCAGGUGCUGAUGCUGCGUACAUCUAUGAGGAACCGUUUGACAUCAGAGACCUACAGUCUAAUGUGGAGCACUUGACAGAAAAAAUGAAGACCAGCAUUCAGAGAGGCCUUAUCUUGAGGAAUGAGAACUCUAAUGAGAACUACACCACAGACUUCAUCUAUCAGCUCUAUUCAGAAGAGGGCAGGGGAGUAUUUGACUGCAGGAAGAAUGUUCUGGGUCACAUGCAGCAGGGCGGCGCACCUUCUCCAUUCGACCGUAACUUUGGAACCAAAAUCUCGGCCAAGGCCAUGCAGUGGAUCUCCAAGAAACUGAAUGAGAGCUACAGGAGAGGGAGAGUGUUUGCAAACACAGAUGACUCGGCCUGUUUGCUGGGUAUGCGGCGUCGUGCUUUGGUCUUCCAACCUGUGGUUCAGCUAAAAAAUGAGACCGAUUUUGUUCACAGAAUUCCCAAGGAACAAUGGUGGCUGAAGUUACGCCCGCUCAUGAAGAUCCUGGCCAAGUACAAGACCAGCUACGAUGUGUCAGACUCUGGACAGAUGGAGCACGUGGUCCUUAACAGAUCCAAAGCUUCUGGGGCCACAGCCGCCAUUUAAACUCCCAUCGAAUAACUGCGACAUUCAAAGGUCACGCUUCAGAUGAGCGAGUCUGUCCUGUAAACGACGUCUCUGACGCUUUUGUUCCUUGGGCCAGCACCUCGCAUUGUUCAGGAAAUGUCACCUUUUGUUAUUUUACAGAAGUCAAUGUUAUAACCGUAGGAGAGCGCAUGAAGCAGUGCUGUAUAGUUUGAUGUGUUUUAUGUCCCUUCACUUCUGCGCCCAGCGGUGACCUCCUCUGUCACCCAUCACUUUAAUGUUACGCUUCAAUGCACAACGUUCUCCUUCACAAAGAAAGCUUGAAUAAUUCUGCUUUCCGGUGUCCAGCGUUGUAUGUGUUGACGUCUACAUUGCCAGAACACCGUUUGAUGUUUGAGUGUAUUAUGUCCACAUUUGCCUGACUAAUAAAGAACACAGUCAGUAUGUGUGAAAGCCUG